GUCAACAACAUCCCCUCCUGAAGACACGCUCACCACACUAAGAGUGGGGAAUCAUUUUGAGACCUAGCAUCAUUUAAACCUCCUUCCAAGACACAAAAGCCAGUUUAGAAGAGAAAAAUGAAGACAGGACAUUGUGAAGUGGUCACCGUGCUGCUGGCAGCCAUGAUUCUAAUGGACGUCUUCCAGGUGAAGGCUCAAGUGCUAGACAUGGCAGAUGAUGCGUUCGACGAUGAAUACCAGAAGUGUACUGACAAGAUGGAAAUCAAAUACGUUCCCCAGCUGCUCAAGGAGGAAAAGGCUAACCAGCAGCUCCUAGAAAGUGUGUGGGAAAAUGCAAGAGUCAAGUGGGAAGCCCGGAAGACUCGGGUCCUUCUUCCUGUGAAUUUCAGGGAUAACCAUGGGAUAGCCCUGAUGGCGUAUCUUUCUGAAGCUCAAGAGCAAACUCCCUUUUACCAUCUGUUCAGCAAAGCUGUGGAUAUGGCUGGCCAGUCCCGAAAAGACUAUAUCUAUGGCUUCCAGUUCAAAGCUUUUCAUUUUUACCUGACGAGAGCCCUGCAGUUGCUGAGAAGACCUUGUGAGCAGAGUUACAAACACGUGGUGUAUUCCAGCCGGGACACUUCGUUUACAUUUGGAGGGCUAAACCAAGCCAGGCUUGGCCGUUUCACUUUGGCAUAUUCAACCAAACCGCAGGCUGCCACUGACCACAGUGUGUUGACCAUCAACACAUGCUUUGGAAUUGAUGUUGAAAAGCUUGUUGAUCACAAAAGUGAGAAAACUGUUUUAAUACCGAUGAAUGAGAUUUUUCAAGUGUCACAGGGCGAGACUAGCAGUAACCUCAUCCUUCAAAGCACAAACAAGAGCUGCAGCCAUUACGAGUGUGCAUUUCUAGGUGGACUAAAAACUGAAAAUUGUGUGGAGAACCCAGAAUAUUUGCAGCCCACCUAUGUCUACGUCCCUGGUGAUGAAAACCAGAAGUUUGAAGACCCUGAUGCAGAAACCCAGGAGCCCACCCAAGCACGUGGAGUGAAAAUUCCAGACCCUUUUCUGCUUCCUGGAAUAAAAGUGGUGCAACCAGAUGAAAAACCAGAAGAAAGAAGUCUUGGAAAUAUCCACAAUCCUACACCAGGUCCGGUUCCUGUUCCAGGUCCCAAAACCUAUCCUUCUGCAUCCUCUGGCAAAAUGCUCCUCCCACCACUUGGGACAUUCAUCGUUUUCAUCAGUGCUUUUGCUGUAAAACUCUUCGGCCUUCUGUAAUUUGAUACAUUCUUUAUCUCUCGUGUUCUGUACUUGAAAUGUGCUAUAGGGAUCCCACAGGAUAUCAAAAGAAAUAGUAUAUUUUUUACUCGUUGGCCAAAGUCAUUUUGAUAAAGUUAGAAUUGUUAUUUGUUAAUAAGCAUUUUGCCAAUUUAGAAAGCUGACCUAGAUGUCAUAGAAUUAACUUUUUGCUUAUUUCCUAUAUUAAUUUUCCGAUAAACUGUGUAUCUGACUCAAUUCAAUAAAAGACUUUAGAUAUAAUUUCA